UGUAGGUUCACUCCAAGCCGUCAAUUAGCAAUUCACACCAUCCACACGAUGGAUUCGUCGUACCGGUAUCCUUCAUCGUCUUCGGGAAGCAAACGGCAGUAUGGAGGGAACAGUUCGGGUGAGUCACACGAUCAGAAGCGGCCUCGUCAGAGUGAGGAUGCAGGUAGCAGCAGCAGCAACAAGCCAUCCCGUGCGAUUGCUGUGCGCGGCCUGCCCAAGGACUGUCUCGAGAGCGAACUCCUCGCACUCGUGGGUCCAUUUGCGACUGUUGAAAAGUGUGUGCUGAUCCCUUCGAAGAACGAAGCGCUUGUUCACUUGCCAGACUUGGACUCGGCGACAAACCUUGUGACGUUCUAUCAAUCUCGGGAUGCGCUCGUGCGGGGGCAAAAGGUCGUGUUCGCGUUCGCUCCGCCUAGUCGCGACUCGUUCGAUUCUUCUUCACAUACGUCUUCCACUGGUCCACCUCAAUCCUCUUCCUCUCGCAGCUACAGCAACGCCCCUCCUUCUUCAUCCUCUCGUGCACCGCCGCAGCAAUCGUAUGACCGCACGAGACCUUCCGACCACCGCACCGAUCGCCCUCCGCCGUCAUCGUCCUCUGGUUUCGACCGUGGGAGCAACACCUCUGGUCCUCCACCUUUCUCGAGUUCCUACGACUCACGUCGAGGUGGUCCUUCGUCGCCGUCGCCCUACGACCGAUCCCGUCACGCACCACCGCCAUCGACUUCUGGAUACGUCCGCCCACAGCAUGGUGGCGGAGGACCUCCUUCCCACCGGUAUCCACCCGUGGACAAUCGGCAUGCUCCUCCCUCGUACGACUCGCGCGGUCCGCCUCCUCAAUCGUCGUCGUCGUACGCUGCUGCCCCUUCUUACUCGUCUUCGGGGCCGCCCCCCUCGUCGUACGACCAGCGACGGUCGUUCGAACGACCGCCCGUUUCUGGCAGCUCGUACGACCCACCUCAUCGACCCACGACGACCACUUACGACCGUCCAUCUUCGUCGUUUGACCGACCUCCUCCGUCGUCGUACCCUGCGUCCGCCGCCCCCGACCCCAUUGCCGGCAAAAACACGAUUCUGAUCGUGUCGAUUUCGAAAAUGGACUUUCCCGUCAACGUAGACGUGCUGCACCAGGUGUUUUCCAAGUACGGGACGGUGCUCAAGAUCGUCACGUUCACGCAGCGCGGCGAGUUCAAAGCGCUCGUGCAAUUUCAAGCGACCGAGCAGGCCGUGGCGGCGCAAGUCGCGCUGGACGGCCGCGACAUUUACACGGGAUGCAACACGCUGCACAUCCACAUGUCGACGCACAAGUCAUUGAACGUCCAGUGCAACAACGACAAGAUGCGCGACUAUUUCAACCCCAACUUGCCGUCCGUGGACCCUGCCGAGCACCAAGGCGAGCCGCGCGGGAUGCUCGGGGACAUGCCGCCGCGACGGUUUAGUAGUCCGGACGCCGCGCGCGGCCGCCGACCUGCCGAGUACCCACCGCCGCCGUCGUCCUCCAUGUACCCUUCCGCGCCGUUUGGAGGCCCGCCGCCUCCCCCAUACCGCCGCGACGACUCUCGAGACCGCGGACCACGUCGCAGCCGCGACCGCCGGAGCCGGAGCCGCGAUCGCGACGUCGGCGCCGACCGGUCCACGGUGCUCAUUUGCAGCAACUUGGAUCCGCAUUACCUGAAAGUCCACAGUUUGUUUACCCUGUUUGGGUGUUUUGGCGACGUGUUGCGGGUCAAAGUGAUGUUUCGCAAACCUGAGACGGCGCUAGUGCAAUUUGUGGACGAGCGGCACGCGCAGUCGGCGCGGGAUCACGUGGACGGACUGGUCUUAUGCCAUAAGAAGCUCCGCGUGGACUUUUCCAAGCACUUGACGGUGGUCAUGCCGCGGCCAGACGCCGACCAGUUUGAGAUCCAAAACACUCGCGAUUACACCAACACCCCGUACCACCGGUACCGCAAGCGGCCGCUGUCCGAGGUCGUGCCCGUCACGACGCUCCUGCACAUCUCGGGCAUCCCCGUGUCCAUGCAGCUGCAGCCGGGGGACACGGCCGCGUCGUCGCGCCUACUCAACAUGUUUGCCGACUUUGGAGCCAUCAAAAAGUUCCACCCGAUUGCCAAGCAGCCCAAGAUGGUCCUGCUCGAGAUGGGCACAGUCGAAGAAGCGUUCGACGCGAUGAUCGCCCUCGACAAUUACACGUUCAACGAUGGCCGCAUCCGUGUGUCGUUUUCAAAGUCGUACCGCUAGGAGAUCACAAACAGAUACGUAUAGCGUAACAACAAUAUGAGCGUUUGAAGGGGUUGUGUGUGUGCCCUAAUUAAUAUAAGGGAAUCGAUUUAAGAACCAAUCAAAUCACGUCAUGCCGA